AUGAUUGAAAAUAAAUAUAAGCGAAAUCAAGAACAUGCAUGUAUUUUCUACAUUCCAUUCUUAUUCUUCAAAACCGCGCCAUCACUUCCCCCAUCCUCCUCCUUCAGGCAUCAUCCCUCUCGUCCUCGCAUCUCCUUCAACACCUCGCCAUCACUUCCCUCAUACACCUUCUUCAGGCAUCAUCCCUCUAGUCCUCGCAUCUCCUUCAACACCUCGCCAUCACUUCCCUCAUUCACCUUCUUCAGGCAUCAUCCCUCUCGUGCUCGCAUCUCCUUCAACACCUCGCCAUCACUUCCCUCAUUCACCUUCUUCAGGCAUCAUCCCUCUCGUGCUCGCAUCUCCUUCAACACCUCGCCAUCACUUCCCUCAUUCACCUUCUUCAGGCAUCAUCCCUCUUGUCCUCGCAUCUCUUUCAACACCUCGCCAUCACUUCCCUCAUACACCUUCUUCAGGCAUCAUCCCUCUAGUCCUCGCAUCUCCUUCAACACCUCGCCAUCACUUCCCUCAUUCACCUUCUUCAGGCAUCAUCCCUCUUGUCCUCGCAUCUCUUUCAACACCUCGCCAUCACUUCCCUCAUACACCUUCAUCCCUCUAGUCCUCGCAUCUCCUUCAACACCUCGCUAUCACUUCCCUCAUACACCUUCUUCAGACAUCAUCCCUCUCGUCCUCGCAUCUCCUUCAACACCUUUCCAUCACUUCCCCCAUCCACCUUCUUCAGACAUCAUCCGUCUCAUCCUCGCAUCUCCUUCACAUCAUCCGUCUCAUCCUCGCAUCUCCUUCGACACCUCGCCAUCACUUCCCUCAUACACCUUCUUCAGACAUCAUCCCUCUCGUCCUCGCAUCUCCUUCAACACCUCGCCAUCACUUCCCUCAUACACCUUCUUCAGACAUCAUCCCUCUAGUCCUCGCAUCUCCUUCAACACCUCGCCAUCACUUCUCUCAUUCACCUUCUUCAGGCAUCAUCCCUCUCGUGCUUGCAUCUCCUUCAACACCUCGCCAUCACUUCCCUCAUUCACCUUCUUCAGGCAUCAUCCCUCUCGUGCUCGCAUCUCCUUCAACACCUCGCCAUCACUUCCCUCAUUCACCUUCUUCAGGCAUCAUCCCUCUUGUCCUCGCAUCUCUUUCAACACCUCGCCAUCACUUCCCUCAUACACCUUCUUCAGGCAUCAUCCCUCUAGUCCUCGCAUCUCCUUCAACACCUCGCCAUCACUUCCCUCAUUCACCUUCUUCAGGCAUCAUCCCUCUUGUCCUCGCAUCUCUUUCAACACCUCGCCAUCACUUCCCUCAUACACCUUCAUCCCUCUAGUCCUCGCAUCUCCUUCAACACCUCGCUAUCACUUCCCUCAUACACCUUCUUCAGACAUCAUCCCUCUCGUCCUCGCAUCUCCUUCAACACCUUUCCAUCACUUCCCCCAUCCACCUUCUUCAGACAUCAUCCGUCUCUUCCUCGCAUCUCCUUCGACACCUCGCCAUCACUUCCCUCAUACACCUUCUUCAGACAUCAUCCCUCUCGUCCUCGCAUCUCCUUCAACACCUUUCCAUCACUUCCCCCAUCCACCUUCUUCAGACAUCAUCCCUCUCGUGCUCGCAUCUCCUUCAACACCUCACCAUCACUUCCCUCAUACACCUUCUUCAGGCAUCAUCCGUCUCAUCCUCGCAUCUCCUUCAACACCUCGGCCAUCACUUCCCUCAUACACCUUCUUCAGGCAUCAUCCCUCUCGUCCUCGCAUCUCCUUCAACACCUCGGCCAUCACUUCCCUCAUACACCUUCUUCAGGCAUCAUCCCUCUCGUCCUCGCAUCUCCUUCAACACCUCGGCCAUCACUUCCCUCAUACACCUUCUUCAGGCAUCAUCCCUCUCGUCCUCGCAUCUCCUUCAACACCUCGGCCAUCACUUCCCUCAUACACCUUCUUCAGGCAUCAUCCCUCUCGUCCUCGCAUCUCCUUCAACACCUCGGCCAUCACUUCCCUCAUACACCUUCUUCAGGCAUCAUCCCUCUCGUCCUCGCAUCUCCUUCAACACCUCGGCCAUCACUUCCCUCAUACACCUUCUUCAGGCAUCAUCCCUCUCGUCCUCGCAUCUCCUUCAACACCUCGGCCAUCACUUCCCUCAUACACCUUCUUCAGGCAUCAUCCCUCUCGUCCUCGCAUCUCCUUCAACACCUCGGCCAUCACUUCCCUCAUACACCUUCUUCAGGCAUCAUCCCUCUCGUCCUCGCAUCUCCUUCAACACCUCGCCACCACUUCCCUCAUACACCUUCUUCAGGCAUCAUCCCUCUCGUCCUUGCAUCUCUUUCAACACCUCGCCAUCACUUCCCCCAUCCACCUUCUUCAGGCAUCAUCCGUCUCAUCCUCGCAUCUCCUUCAACACCUUGCCAUCACUUCCCCAUCCGCCUCCUUCAGGCAUCAUCCCUCUCGUCCUAGCAUCUCCUUCAACACCUUGCUAUCACUUUCCCCAUCCGCCUCCUUCAGAUAUAAUCUCUCUCGUCCUUCCAUCUCCCUCAACACGUCCAAUUCAAACUUCUUCUGUACCUAG